AUGAACCCAGCUUUACUCGUAGAUCCCGAUCCCGCGUAUGUCCCCUUUUGCCCCUCAGGGUUCCAGAGUUGCCAGUCGGAAAAUGUGUUUGCCUAUCCACAUGUAUACUCUAUAUUUCAAGGUGUUACACGAGAACCGAAUCCUGUCAUCACGUCACGACACGAAGAUGAGAAAGCUACCCAGUCUUCUCAAAUGUCUCGAGCAUUCGAAUUCUUUGAUGGUGCUCCUACACGAGAGAAUACACAAACGGAAGAAUCUUACAGUGUUCGCGAGUACGAUAGAGAUGAUGCAAUCGGGAAGAGUCGACAUAAGCGAACGAGUUUUAAGAGUAUCGAUGGUGAAGAUGUCUGUAAACCAACCGCUGUGGAUAGUCAAAAAUCUGAUGUAAGUUCUCAAAUUGCUUUCUGCGCUAAUUAUGUCAAUUAA